AUGGCGACAAUCACUCAGUCGGUGUCCACAGCAAUCGAGUUGCAGGACCGCAAUCAGGUUGGAGGGAGACUUACCAAACACACUGGCGAUCCAACACCACCGGAAAAUUCAGAUGCGGUAUUACAAGCCUCACUCGCAGCUGAUGCCGAGGUUCCUGAUGGAGGUUACGGCUGGGUCAUCAUUUCUGCAUGCGCAGUAGUUGCCUGGUGGUUCACUGGAACCUCCUAUUGCUGGGGUGUCCUGCAAGCAGCAUUGGUUAAGGAAGGGGUAUCAACUUCUUCUACCCUGGCUUUCAUCGGCUCGCUUGCCCCGGCAUGUAUUUCCUUUUUGGGCGUAAUCAAUGCGAAUGUCAUUCGGAGCGGCUUCACCACCAAGAAUGUGGGUGGCUUGUUUGCGACUGCUGGUGUUCUCUUCGGUCUCGGGCUCAGGUAA